UAUCGUACGUUGUUUCACAACUGCGCUCAGCACAAUCAUGGAGGGUACACGUGGGGAGGAGACGGCUCCAGCUCCAGAUAUGUCAGAAAACAUUUGCUCUCGUAUUCUCGCUCAGCUGAAGGUUUUUAUGAGAAGUAUUUUUACAUUAAACUUCCUGAAGAUUCUCCUGGGUGGGCAGGCCCUGUCCCUCUUGAUCUGUGGCACGGCCAUCACCAGUCAGCUCCUGCAUGACCGCUUCAAGGUCAGCGCCCCGACGGCUCAGUCAUUCCUCAACUACCUGUGCCUUGGCCUGGUCUAUUGCGUCAUCCUCUGCUGCCGCAGGGACCGCCCGGACAACUUCUACCAUGUGUUCCUGUCUCGCUGGUGGAAGUACCUGCUGGUGGCACUGGUGGACGUGGAGGCAAACUAUCUGGUGGUCAAGGCCUAUCAGUAUACCACACUGACGAGUGUCCAGCUGUUGGACUGCAUCACCAUCCCGGUCGUGCUUCUGCUCUCGUUUGUCAUCCUGAGGGUCUCGUACCGCAUCAACCACGUCGUCGGUGUAGUCAUCUGCAUCAUCGGCGUGCCCCUAAUGGUAUGGGCCGACAGCCUGUUAGGCAAGACUGACACGGAUGAUAAGCCACAGAAAGCCCUGGGUGAUGCCUUGUGUCUCAUCGGGGCCAGUCUGUAUGGGAUCUCCAAUGUUGCAGAGGAGUACGUCGUCAGGCACUUUACCAGGGUGGAGUUCCUGGGAAUGGUCGGUCUGUUUGGAACUUUCAUCAGCGGCAUACAGCUGGUGAUCCUUGAGAGGCAGGAGCUGACCUCCAUCACCUGGAACUACCAGGUGGUCCUUCUCUUCUUGGCCUUUGCGAUCUGCCUCUUCUGUCUCUACUCCUUCUUCCCCGUCGUCAUCAAGUGGAGCAGCGCCCUGGUGGUCAACCUCUCCAUCUUGACGGCCGACUUCUACUCGCUCAUCGUCAGCCUCUUUGUUUUCCACUAUGCAUUCAGUGGCCUCUAUGUGGGAUCGUUCGUCGUCAUUGUGCUUGGCAUCAUCGUGUACAGCAUCCUACUGCCGCGGGACGCCCAGCACAACUUCUUCAGGCGCUUCAAGUUCCUGGGACGGUACCAGCUCUUCCGAAAUGAGCGCAGCGCCAACUCGGAGGGUGAGGCCAACCCCGAUUUGACAGUGUCCUCCUGCGGUGCUGAGCUGACAGAGGAGGAAAGGGAAAGCUGGCACCGGGCGGCCAAUGAGACACUGAAUGGAACAAAUUCUGAAUCGCCUGCCUGAUGUGAUUGGCUGCUUGGAGUGCCCCCUAUGCAACACCUUCCUUGAUUGGCUAGUUUUAAACAGCAGGAGUCUGCCUUUUAGGUUGUGCAAAAUAUGUAUAAAAUGCCCAUCUGGCAUUUCCCUGUGUGUAGAUUGUAUAACUAGCACUAUUUAUAGUAACAAAGAACAAUUUAAGUAUGAAAUUCAUUUAUGGCCAGUUAUGCAAAAGGAAUGUUUGAAGCAACAUGAACAAAAUACUGCUUUGCUUGGGAUUCCAGUACUUAAGACCAGAUUCUCUUUGGAGGCUAGAUUCAUUCUUUAAUUUCCAGAAUGAGUGAAUUACACGUUACACAUUUGUAGUUCGAUCGUCAAACCUGUAUUGUUUUAACGUUCAGGGGGCCUGUUGUAUCAUCGGCUGUAGCAACCGUGAAAAGGAAGUCGUGGUUGUCAAGUGCAAAGUCCUUUAAAGGAUCUGCCUCGUUUUUUGUUUUGUUUUUUUUGUUCAUUCAGUAAAAGGCAAUAUUGUUUGUUACUUGAAAUUUGGGGUAUUUUCAUUUUUGGAACCCAGCAAUUUUUGUAGAUCUGAACAUGAAGGAAGAGAAAAUAUUCCUCCGUUUUAACUUUCUUGAAGAAACCGUAUACACUGAAAUGAUUGUGCGAAAAGCUUUACCUCAUUUGUAUGUCAAAUCUUGACUGGGAGAGGAGUUACGGAUCAGGAAGGAGCAGACGAUUUAGUUGUCAGUUAACCUGACUUGGUUUUUGUCUGUCCACAAAACAAGAGGCACAAAUCAUUUGAUUUCAUUGCUGCAUUGGUUUGGUAUAAAUUGUACAAUUGGCUUUAGGCAGUGCAAAUUUCAAGCAAAUGGAAAUGCACUCUUAAAAGUUGAUGGAAGUUGAUCAAGAUACUGCAAGGAAACAAGAUGUCUGGAAUGUUUCAGCUGUCAGUCAUAUUGUAAAGUUUCAUUAAUGGAAAGAUUUCCUGAGUUUUGUAAUCUUCAAAAGUAUUCUCAGUUAUUCAGGUUAUGUCAGUAAGGGAAAGAAUUUUCCCUCCAAAAAAGAAUUACAUUUGUAAUUGUCCCCUGCAAGAAAUAUACUUGUUUACCUAGUUUUGUUGACACUGCAAGUCAUCAGUCUACCAGUAAUUGUUGAUAUGAUCUGUGGGUCAGUGGUAUGACUGAUAUUUCUCUUUUUGUGUUAAUUGGUAUUGUGUUCAAGUGAAAUAUCCCCCAAAGGUAUCCAAAAUAUCCUGAAUUUUCCAGACUUUCUCGGGCAUGAACAGAGAAGUAGUCUUAUCCUGUGAAUAUCAAUUGUCACUGCAUUGUGUUAAAUAUCUUAUUGUAAAGAAACAUGGUUUCUCCAUGCUGCAUCUUUGUGAACAAAAACAGAACCACUUCCUCCAAACUGAAAGAAAAGAAGGGUUCAAUUCAAGAGUCUCUGAGUGCCCGAGAAAGUUGAAAAAUGGCUGCAAUCAGACUUCGGAAAAAUCACUUUUUUGGGGGUGAUUUUGUUGU